GCACAACACCUUUUCCCGUGCCUCGGCAUUUACCACCUCGCCUUUACAAUCUAUCCCCGGACCGAUCGAAAUGGAGUUGCCGCCACUUUCGUGGGGAAUCAUGGGUGCCGGGCGAGUAUGUCAUGAUUUCGUCCAGGCCCUAAAGUCUGUUCCCCAUGCAGCCAAGGUGAAGACAGUGGGCUGCCGUGAGCUGGAACGAUCUGUAGAAUUCGCGGAUCAGCAUGGAAUUCCUAAUCGGGUUGGGAGCUACGAAGACGUGGCCAAGGAUCCAGAGGUGGACAUCUGUUACAUCGGCAUGCUACACCCUUUUCACUACGAGAAUGCCGUGACAGCACUGCAAAACGGCAAGCAUGUGCUCGUGGAAAAGCCAUCCACCUGCAGUGAAUGUGACACAAAAGCGCUAGUACGACUGGCUCAGGAGAAAGGGUUGUUCCUGAUGGAAGGAAUGUGGACCCGCUUUUUUCCGGCGGUGGAAAAGGCUCAGGAACUUGUCAAGUCUGGGACCAUUGGCAAGGUGGUGGCGGUUCACUCCGACUUUGGUUUCAACGGAGGUGACGUCGCCAACUAUCCGGACCACAUGUUUUACAACCUCAACCUUGGUGGUGGCGGAUUGUUUUAUGUCGCGCCUUACCCGGUGGCUGCAGCUAUUCAGUUUUUAGGCCCAGCCUUCCCCUCUCGGAUAGCGGCGGCCGGGGUGAAGGACAAGCUCACGGGCGUGGAUCUCAGUGGUGCUAUUUCUCUCCACUUCGAGGGAAAAGGAAUUGCUUCCUUGACAUACAACAUCGAGGCGGAAACUCCAGAGGAGACGAUCAUCAUCGGAACGGAAGGUCGCAUCAAGCUUCUUUCCCCUGCUCAUUGCCCGACGGCGAUAGAGGUCACGACAAAGGCAAUCGGGCGAGGCAAUACCAUAACGAUACGCCACGACUUUCCCCUUCCGGACCCGCCGGCGUCAGUGGACGCCUCCGGUGGCUUUAACUACCCCAACUCGAACGGGUUCCAAUUCGAAGCAGUGGCCAUCCACAAGUGCAUCCGUGGAGGGCGAACGUGUUCAGAUCAGUACACGCCAGAUGAAAUGCUAGCGGUCAUGCAUGUGCUCGAGGAAUGCCGCACACAGUUGAAGAUCGACAGCGUGGAAUAGAUGUGGACGCCUGAAUAUAUCAUCAGGUUUACCCGAUGUUCCGGCUCUGUGGUCUUAGAAGAUUUCAUCAAGCGACUUGUGCGUAAUUGUUGUCUAUUACGGUGGUGGUCCCGGUUUAGCGGUUCUCUGUGUAGCGGGAUGCCCUGAAUUGCGGUUCCACAAGCUGGCGGCACGGUUGCAUCACCCCAGAGAAACGAUUGUACGAUCGCUACACCGAUCGUGCCCCCAAUGCGGUUGCUAGAGUUGUCUUAACGCCAAUAAUGGCGGUUGUCGAUUCAAUUUUUCAAUUUUUGGGCCCCCAAUGGCGGUGUGGGGGUGGUGGAGCUCACGGCUACUUGGAAGCGCUUAGUACGAAGGCAGAGGAGGGUAGGACCGCGUGGAGGACUCGAAGUUGUGCGAGGUGUUGACGUACUUUGCCAUCACCCCGGGUAGCUCUUUCCAGCAUGCAACCGUCGCAGCGGCUCUGCCUUGGGCGGAGCUAGAGAAGAAGGAAAUAUCACUGAGGCUUUGCAGAAGGAUGUACACGGGGAAGAGGAUAAUAAACCCUUCGGAGCUAGAGCUCGUAUGGGGAUGAUGGCGCAGCCUCCGUACUCGGAGCUAUGUCUUGUCUCAUACUAGCCCGCUUGAAGAGUGCGCGGAGUCGUGUUGCGCACUAAAGCAGUGUCUUUGCAAGGCAAAAUGAUCUCGUUCGGGCCUCGCAACUCACGCCGCUUCAUCAGCGCACCAGACAACAUGAGAAAUGUUUGGUUAAGCAUGGUCGAUUUGCGUGAAAAAGUAUAAUCGCAGAGGGGAAAUACUGAAGCACGUGGUUGUUGCCGUUCUCGAAUUUUUCCCCACGUGUGGGAGAGGCCUCUAUAUUUUUUUAUUGUCUUGGAGGCCGAGACUUGCCGAAUCUUUGUGCCUAGUUUGUCUCUGCCCCACCGACCCCGCUUUCGUUUGGUACCUUCGGAUCGGCAAACUACGCUUGUUUGCUUCUUAGUCUUUUCAUGUUGGUGAUAUUUAGGGCAGCUUGCGGAAUAUAAAACAAAACAUACGAACAAACGUUUGUACCAAGAAACUCCUCGUUUUUGUGUUGAGACGUGUAGCUUAGAAAAUACCUGAACUGAAAUGCAGUAAAUCAUGUACCCUCGUAAACCUGCUACAAGGAGAUAAAUAGAUGCAUGCCGCAUGAGUGACCCUAUCAAGACUAGCUUUCCACGCUAUUGUGCCGCAAAUAAG